AGCUGCCACCCGCAUAUGCCCCCAGGUGAUAGGACAGUGAGUGACAACAGGGACGUGACUCAGCAGCAGGGAGGUCCUGGGGAAAUGGAAUCCCAGGAAGCGUUUUUGGGCAGAGCUAAAGGGAAUGUUCCCCAGGACUUGGAAUGGGGAAAUGCCUGGGGAGAUGGACACAGAUCAGAGGUUAAGCUGGGAACCUAUCCCGGAAAGAAAACGGGUGAAUCCAUUCCAUGUGGCGGAGCAUCCGAAGGAAAUGAUCCCAAGGAAAUGACCGUCCAGCAGACAAGUCACAAUGACAAAAAAUCCUACAAAUGCCUUGACUGUGGGAAAAGCUUUCGUCAUAGCUCAAGGUUUAUUAUACAUCAAAGAAUCCACACAGGAGAAAGGCCCUAUAAAUGCCCCGAGUGUGGGAAAAGUUUCAAUCACAGCUCAAACUUUUUUCAGCACCGGAGAACACACACAGAAGAAAGACCCUAUAAAUGCCGUGAGUGUGGGAAAGGCUUCAGCUUGAAAUCGACCCUAGUUAAGCAUCAGCUGAUCCACAGAGGAGAGAAACCCAAUAAAUGCCAGGAGUGUGGGAAAAGUUUUAUUCAGAAGUCACAACUGAUUAUACAUCAGAGGGUGCACACCGGAGAGAGACCCUUUAAAUGCCAUGUGUGUGGGAAAACGUACAUUGACAACUCCAAGCUCACAAGACAUCAGCAAACCCAUACAGGUGAACGACCUUUUAAGUGCCUUGAGUGUGGGAAAGCUUACACUUGGAAAUCAAACCUUAAUGUACAUCAGAAAAUCCACACAGGAGAGAAACGUCAUACAUGCUCAGACUGUGGAAAAACUUUCAGUCAGAGUGCAUACUUUACUUAUCACAGGAGAACGCACUCAGAAGAAAGACCCUAUAAAUGCCUUGAGUGCGGAAAAGGUUUCAAUUGGAAAUCUACCCUUAAUUCACAUCAGAAAACCCACACAAAAGAGAAACCCCAUACAUGCUUGGAAUGUGGAGAAUCAUUCAGUCGGAGCUCGCACCUUCUUGAUCACAUGAGACUGCACCCAGGAGAAAGACCCUUUAAAUGCCUUGAGUGUGGGAAAGGUUUCAAUUGGAAAUCAGCCCUUAAAUCACAUCAGAAAACCCACACUGGGGAGAAACCCUAUACAUGCUUGGACUGCGGGAAAACUUUCAGUCGGAGCUCACACCUGACUUAUCACAGGAGAACACACUCAGGAGAAAGACCUUAUAAAUGCCUUGAGUGUGGGAAAAGUUUCAGUGUGAAAUCAACCCUUCAUGCACACCAGAAAACCCACACUGGAGAGAAACCCCAUAAAUGCUUGGAUUGUGAGAAAACAUUCAGUCGGAGUUCACACCUUAUUUAUCACAGGCGAAUGCACUCGGGAGAGAGACCUUAUAAAUGCCUUGAGUGUGGGAAAGGUUUCAGUUGGAAAUCAGCCCUUCAUAGACAUCAGAAAACCCACACCAGCGAGAAACCUCAUACAUGCUUGGACUGUGGGAAAGCUUUCAGCCAGCGCUCAUACCUUAAUAGUCAUGGGAAAAUCCACCUGAGAGAGAGGUCUUAUGAAUGCCUUGACUCUAGUCACCUGUCCUCACCCCUGUCUUCCUCCAGGCCCCAGACUGUGCUCGCCCCUCACCUCGGGCUGUUCCCUGCAGGAGAAGUGUCCCUGGGGGCUCGUAACUCCUCCCUUCCCUGGAUCCCUCAGAGUUCUGGUCUCUGGGGAUCAAACAUGAAGGGAUCAGGCCAAUGGGUUAUGGAGAGAAAAGUGGGGAUUGAAUGGUGGGGGCUAAGGGACUUGGGGAGCUGGGUGCUGGGGCCAAGGGUGCCCUGUGAGGAGGAUACGAAGGAGCAUGUUCCCCCUAAAUGCCAUGGGCAAGAGGAGCAAGGUGCAGAGCAUCUGGGUGGACCAGAACACUAACGGAGGGGCCAGGCACCCACAGCUAUGAUCAGGUUCUCCCAAACUUACUGACAUUGGCAGGGGGAGUGGAGUGAGAAGGCCCCAUCCUGCCUUACUGCCAUAACUAGGUGCCCAGGGAGCCGAGUGGGUUGGAGCUGCAGGGCUCUGCUCUGCUCUGCUGCUGCCAGUGAAUAUGGGGGCACCCGAGCCCUGCGUCCGGCAUCAGACUCCCGCUAUCCUAUGGGCUCUAAUGCACUGGGAAGAGGGAAGGAGGGAAGGGGAGUAGAGGCAGGGCCUGGCACAGAGGGGGAGUUGUCCCAGCCUUCUGCUGAGCCAGUAGUGGCGCAGGGAGGAGUCGUGGCAUUUUUAUAAAGGACUAGACACAAUCCAGAGUGGGGCUGCCACAUCCACAACCAAGGAUACUUCCUAUAGCACAGAGUCAGAAAGAUGGUGAAGAGGUGGAAGGGGAUGAGGAGGAGGGAUUCACUGUGGGGCCACCCUGUGCUGUAAGGAAAUGGCCUUCUUCUGUAGCCGUAUUGGAAGGCCUACAGCCUAGGGCUUCCGUCUCCAGCCAGACUGAAAGAUCAGCAGCCACGAGCUGUAAAGCAGGGAGUCACAUCCUUGUAUUCCAUCUAAAUCGCAUUAAAAUAGCAGAAUGCCUAGCUGUGUAGAGGGACACCCCAUCCCAGUGGCAUCCACUAACUGAGAAAAACAGAUCUCAAGAUGGGCAAAGCAAACUUAGUUUACUGGUAGCAUUUUGUCUGACACAAAACUCCCUAUUAAAAGUUGGGGGUUGUGGAAUCCUCGUUCUGUAAUUAAGCUCCUCAUUUUCCUAUUGUUUGUAGAAUCUCUGGUUUUAUUUGUCUGCUGUAUAAUUAAUUACACUGUGUGAAUCAUUGAAGGUGGUGGGAUAUGAUUGGUUAGGUAAUUUAAUCAUGUAACGAUUGGUUAAUAAAAUGUUAGUAAAAUAAAGGUAAGCAGAACUCAAUUUUCACUAUCUAAACUGGGGUCCUAGAAGACCAGCAGAAAGGAAAAAAGGAACAAAUGGAAGAAGGAAAGACCUGGAAAAGAGCUCAAUUCCAGACACGGCCUAAGAGUAGAGCUGCUAGAAAUCCUCUGCACGACCGUGACAUGGAGCAACCCGAAUUCAGAGGAGACUGACCUUGCUUGGCCAACAGUGGACGUUUGCCUGCCUUGGUCAGGCUUGGUGAGGAUGGCAAUUCAUGUGCUCAGCAUGUGUAUUCUGCUUGCUCCGUAAUUGCUAAUAAAUAGAGAGCAAGGA